AGAAGGGCAGUCGGAGGGGGCCGCGCGCGUCCGGACUGGAGGAAGUGGCCCUGGGCCUAGGGGCAGCCCGGAGGGCGGAGGGAGGGUCCCGCGCCCAGGCCGGAGGGUCUGGGGUUGCCGCCGCCGCCGGUAGCAGCGGCUGUGCCCGGGGUCCCGGAGGCGCCAGGGGAGGAGGAGGAGGAGGAGCCCCAACUGGACGGUGGCAACUGGAGGAGGAGCCGCACAGCUGUCCCGUGUGUCGCCGGGCCGCACUGGCAUGACCCACUGACCGCGGCAUGCAGCCUUGACGGAGGGCUCCGGCGCGCAGGGACCAGCCGGGGGCGCGCCCUCCCGAGAAGGGACCCCGGGACGCAGGCUCCAGGACUUUACGCCGACGCUCUAGCCCGGCUGCCGCGCGGCCAUUUACCAUGGAGCCAGUGACCAAGUGGAGCCCCAAACAAGUGGUGGACUGGACUAGAGGGUUGGAUGACUGCCUGCAGCAGUAUGUCCACAAGUUUGAGCGGGAGAAGAUCAAUGGGGAGCAGCUGCUGCAGAUUUCCCACCAGGAUCUCGAGGAGCUGGGUGUCACACGCAUCGGACACCAGGAGCUUGUGCUGGAGGCCGUCGACCUUCUCUGUGCACUGAAUUAUGGCCUUGAGACGGAUAAUAUGAAGAACUUGGUUCUGAAACUGCGAGCUUCUUCCCACAAUUUACAGAAUUACAUAAGUAGCCGGCGGAAAAGUUCAGCUUAUGACGGGAACACCUCGUGCAAGCCCCCCAAUGAGUUCCUGACCUCAGUGGUGGAGCUCAUCGGCGCUGCGAAGGCCUUGCUAGCUUGGCUGGACCGGGCUCCAUUUACAGGGAUCACUGAUUUCUCCGUAACGAAGAACAAAAUCAUUCAGCUUUGCUUGGACCUGACUACUACGGUCCAGAAGGAUUGCCUUGUAGCAGAAAUGGAGGAUAAAGUUUUAAACAUCGUCAAGGUUUUAAACGGCAUCUGUGACAAAACAAUCCGAUCUACCACGGACCCUCUCAUGAACCAGUGUGCGUGUCUGGAGGAAGUCCAUUUGCCCAACAUCAAACCUGGGGAAGGCCUGGGCAUGUACAUCAAGUCAACCUAUGAUGGAUUGCAUGUAAUUACUGGAACCACAGAAAAUUCUCCUGCAGACAGGUCACAGAAGAUCCAUGCCGGCGACGAAGUCAUUCAAGUUAAUCAGCAAACUGUGGUGGGAUGGCAGCUAAAAAAUCUGGUGAGAAAAUUGAGAGAGAACCCCACGGGAGUUGUAUUACUACUUAAGAAGCGCCCCACAGGCUCCUUCAACUUUGCUCCUGCUCCUCUGAAAAACCUACGGUGGAAGCCCCCUCUCGUGCAGACCUCUCCUCCGCCCACAACAACACAGUCCCCGGAGAGCAUGAUGGAUGCCUCGCUGAAGAAGGAGAAACCAGCCAUCUUGGACCUUUAUAUCCCUCCUCCACCAGCUGUGCCGUAUUCUCCACGGGAUGAGAAGGGGAGCUUUGCUCACGGAGGAUUCAGUAAGUGCAAACAACCGUUGCCUGGUCCUAAGGGUUCAGAGUCACCCAAUUCCUUCUUGGACCAGGAGAGCCGAAGACGAAGAUUUACCAUUGCCGAUUCCGAUCAGUUGCCUGGAUAUUCUGCGGAAACCAGUCUCCUGCCCACAAAAAUGAGAGAGAAAACACAAUCUUACGGCAAGCCCCGGCCUUUGUCCAUGCCUGCAGAUGGGAGCUGGAUGGGAAUUGUAGACCCUUUUGCUAGACCUCGAGGCCGUGGGAAGAAAGGUGAGGAUGCCCUCUGUCGAUACUUCAGCAACGAGCGAAUCCCUGCGAUCCUUGAAGAAAGCUCCUCCUCACCCUACCAUUUCUCCAGACCCUCCCCGGAGAGACAUCUCGUUCGAGGUGCAGACUACAUCCGAGGGAGCCGCUGCUACAUCAGUUCAGACCUCCACAGCAGCGCCACAAUUCCAUUCCAGGAGGAAGGGACCAAAAAGAAAUCUGUUUCCUCAUCCGCAAAGUCAUCCUCCACGGAGCCAUCGCUACUGGUCAGCUGGUUUACUCGGCUUAAGCUAUUGACUCACUGAGACCAACCUCCUCUGGACUCCUCCUCCCUGUCUCCUGCUACCAAGUGCCUUGGUUCCUCGACUGACCACCUGUUCUUAUUUUCAUCUACAGUAUUACGUAGUGACCUUAUGUAAUUUCAUUUUUUUUGGAAAGUUGUAUACUGCCCUUCUCAGAGUUUUAAAGUGAUUGGAUGGGAACAAGCACAGAGAGGAUCUUGGGUGCUGGCUUGUAGAGGCAAAAGGAGGGAAACAGUAGAAUCUGCUUUUCUUGCUUCAUCAGAUUUGGAACAUUGUGACCCUCCAUAUGACAGUGUGGAGCUUUGGCCAGGAAAGUUAUGGUCGUUA